AUGGGCACAAUUCAGACAUGGAGAAAAGCAUACGGUGCUCUAAAAGAUCACACCAAAGUCGGACUUGCCCAUGUUAAUUCCGAUUUCAAGGAUGUGGAUGUGGCGAUCGUAAAGGCUACAAAUCAUGUAGAAGUUCCACCAAAAGAUAGACACCUCAGAAAAAUUUUGGCUUCCACAUCGGCGAUUCGGCCUCGGGCUGAUGUUGCAUACUGCAUACAUGCACUUGCAAGACGGUUGGCAAAGACACACAACUGGACGGUUGCAUUGAAGACACUGAUAGUUAUUCAUAGAACAUUGAGAGAAGGUGAUCCCACAUUUAGGGAGGAACUUUUGAAUUUCCAGCAGAGAGGACGCAUCCUUCAAUUGUCCAAUUUUAAGGAUGAUUCAAGUCCCAUCGCUUGGGAUUACUCUGCCUGGGUUCGGACAUAUGCAUUCUUCUUGGAAGAAAGACUUGAAUGCUUUAGGAUACUGAAGUAUGACAUUGAAGCCGAGCGUCUUCCAGGAUCUGCUCAAGGCCAAGAGAAGGGUUACAGUAGGACUAGAAACUUGGACAGUGAAGAACUUUUGGAUCAACUGCCUACUUUGCAGAAACUGCUGUACCGUCUUGUUGGAUGCCGGCCUGAAGGAGCAGCUGUUGGAAAUUAUGUGAUUCAGUAUGCCCUUGCUCUGGUGCUCAAAGAGAGUUUUAAAAUUUAUUGUGCUAUAAAUGAUGGAAUUAUCAAUCUUGUUGACAAGUUUUUUGAGAUGCCAAGACAUGAAGCCAUUAAAGCUCUCGAUAUCUAUAAAAGAGCUGGUCAGCAGGCUGCUAAUCUUUCUGAUUUCUAUGAAGUUUGCAAAGGACUUGAACUUGCUAGAAAUUUCCAGUUCCCUGUGUUAAGAGAGCCUCCACAAUCCUUUCUCGUGACCAUGGAGGAAUAUAUAAGAGAAGCACCACAGAUGGUUUCUGUUCCAAUUGAACAUUUGGAAUAUCCGGAGAGGCUUCAGUUGACAUAUAGACAAGAGGAUGUUCCAUCACCUUCGGAAGAUGCAAAAGAGUUAUCUGAGGAAGCUAAACCACCGCCUUCAGAUGAUGCUGCUGUCUCAACCACUGAGGCAGCUUUUCCUCCUCCACCUCCUUUUCCUAAUAACUUGGACACUGAUGAUUUACUGGGCUUGAAUGCUACUGCACCUGAUGCAUCUGCUAUUGAGGAAAGCAAUGCGUUGGCUUUGGCCAUAGUUCCAACUGAUACCGCAUUUGACUCUAGUGCUUCACAAUCCAAAGAUUUUGACCCUACCGGAUGGGAACUUGCCCUGGUCACUACUCCCAGUAGCAACUUAUCUUCAGUUCAGGAGAGGCAAUUAGCUGGUGGACUGGAUUCUCUUACUCUUAAUAGCUUGUACGAUGAAUCUGCAUAUAGAGCAUACCAGCAACCAGCAUACGGAGCGCCUGUUCCCAAUCCAUUUGAAGUUGCCGAUCCAUUUGCUUUGUCCAAUACUAUUGCUCCUCCUCCAGCUGUUCAAAUGGCUGCCAUGUCUCAAUAUCAAAGUAAUCCUUUUGGUUCGUUCGAACCUGCUUAUCCCCAUCCCCAACAGCAACAAAAUUUACUGAUGACCCCACAAAAUCCUUUUGGCGAUUCGGGUUUUGGGGCAUUUCCUGUCAACCCCGUUGCUCACCCUCAAGCAAGCAACCCAUUUGGGAGCUCCAGCCUACUAUAA